UUUUUCUUCAUCUUGCUUUUUCUGUCAGCCUCCUCCCACUGUUGCUACAGGGUGAAAGUGUAUAAAUUCUACUUGACCAGCUCUGCUUUGUAACGUUAAUGUCAAAGACGACACUCUAGAAUGAUGGCAGAACUCAAAACGUGGUUGUUUUGGCGGGCAGUUAUGGCAGAGUUGAUUGGCAUGAUCCUUUUUAUUUUCAUUGGCAUUUCUUCAGCCAUAGGGAACAAACAUGCCUCAUUCCCAGACCAGGAGGUAAAGGUGGCCUUAGCGUUUGGACUGGCCAUCGCCACCCUGGCCCAGAGUCUGGGACACAUCAGUGGAGCCCACCUGAACCCUGCAAUCACUCUGGGCCUGCUGGUCAGCUGUCAGAUCAGUUUCCUCAGAGCAGCACUCUACAUUGUCGCACAGAUGCUGGGUGCCAUCAUAGCUAGUGCUAUUAUAUAUGGAAUCAACCCAAAUUCAUCAAUAGGGGUCAAUUCGCUAAACAACAUCAGUGCAGGCAAAGGUUUUGCCAUAGAAUUCCUAGCCACACUCCAACUGGUCCUGUGUGUCAUUGCCGUCACUGAUAAAAGGCGUAAUGAUGUCACUGGCUCUGCACCCCUGGCGAUCGGCCUGUCUGUGGGUCUAGGGCAUCUCGUGGCUAUAAGUUUCACUGGCUGUGGAAUAAACCCAGCAAGAUCCUUUGGGCCAGCGUUGAUUACGGAGUAUUUUGACAAUCAUUGGGUGUACUGGCUGGGGCCGAUGUGUGGAGGCGUAGCGGCAGCUCUUCUCUACGACUUCCUCUUUUAUCCUCGAAGUGAUAACUUCAGCAACCGCUGGAACGUCCUGUCCAGUGGUCAGGAGGCGGAGAGUGCUGCCCCUAACGUUUCUAUGGAUGGCAGCAGCAGCCCAGUACCCAGUCAGUGGCCCCGACACUGAGGGUCUGUACUUGGUCUUGUCAUCUGAUCUGCUGUAGAUGUUCUACUUAUCGCAGCGAUGGAAUAUGAAUGUGCGCGCACUGUCUAUCUCUGCCAUGUUUGUUUUUUAUUGAACUAUUUUGUCAAGCGUUUCAUGCCUGUGAUAUUUUGGGUCCUUCAUUUGGGUCCUACUUGUAUGACGAGUUGAAGAAUAUUGUCUGAAUAAAGAGU